UCACCCCAGUUUUGAAAUUAGCUUCCAAUUAUGGAACACCCUAAUCGUUUCAAUUCCCAUUUCUAUUUUGUUAAGAAAUAAAGACCCUAGUUCUUCAUUUGAGGAAUUAGGGUAUUUUAAUUCCCCCAAAUCGUACAAUUUCAAUUUGAUCAUUUAGAAAAUUUCAACGAUGGAAGGUGAGAAAUUGAUGAAGUCUGGAGGUGAGAGUAGGGUAAAAAGAGAGUGGGAGGAGAUUCAGUUGGAACUUUUGAUGAAGAUCGUGUCUUUCAUGGAUGAUCGGACGGUGAUCGUUGCUUCUGGAAUUUGUAGUAGAUGGAGAAAUGUUAUUUGCAGUGAAGUUUCUCGUAUUUCACUCUCUUGGUGCACAAAUAACAUGAACAAGUUGGUGCUUUCUCUUGCUCCAAAGCUCACAAAACUAAGGGGUUUGACCCUUCGGCAAAAGUUUGAACCGCUGCUUGAUGAUGAUAUAGUCGAGACCAUUGCUAAUAACUGUCAUGAUUUGGAGGAUCUUGACCUCAGCAUAAACUCUAAACUUGGUGAUCCGUCACCGUCCCUUUCUGCUUUGGCCCGUGGCUGGCCAAACUUAACUAAGCUCAACAUCAGUGACUGCUCAGGUUUUAGUGAUGAUGGUCUCGAGUUUGUUAGUAGUCGCUGUAGAAAGUUGAAGAUUUUGAACCUUUUUGGGUGUGGGAAAGGACGGCGGAGGGAACUGGUUCUCGCGGUUCUUACAACUAGAGGUGGUUAA